UUUUUCUCGCAGUAGUAUGUAGAAUAACAAGCCAGCGGAUCAGAGUUGCGGUUACCAGCCCUGCCAACCGACGGCUAUAAUAAGCUGAAAACAUUGGCAGCAUUGUCUCUAGAAGAAUUCGGGUUUAGCAGCGACGAAGGAGACGAGCUUUUCUUUUGGCGCUGUUUGUUUAUUUUUCAUUGGAGCCGUUGGGUUGGAGUUUGUCUGAAAUAGCUCUGCUGUCCGUGGAUUAACGCUCAAGAAGACCCAAAGAAGAAGCGCUGUGAUAGCAAUAUAAGUGUAAAAUUGUGGAUUAUGUUCCUGCUUCACUUGUGAAUAUUUGUGUUUUGGAGGUUUCCGCAUUUUGUGGCGGUAACAUCGACUCGAAAUUCAGUUUUAAAUCGGGACAAAACCAGCAGCGGACACUUGUUGAAAUACAAUUUACAACUGCUCGGCAGCUUUGCUAACGUUAGUAGCGAGAUUAAGCUAUCAAGGCUAACAACUUUCUCUAACACCAGCGCUAAAUCUGCUACAAAUCCCUUCACAUACGUGCCUGUUCGAUGUUGACCGAGUGUCGGCAAGUUGUCAAAGUGCGUUUGUUAAAAUUGUUGAGAUGACACUGACAGCAGCUUAGCUAACUUGGCUAGCUGCAGCUGUUACUUGGCUCUCCCGUUAGCAAUGACAGCUAACGUUAUGUUAACGUUACGUUCAAACAAGUGGUUCGCUGGAAAUAUGAAGUCAUAUUGUAACAUUAACUUUUUUUAAUUGGCACGUCAUUCUUUAUGGAAGUUAUUAAGAGUUGAAUUGUACACACAUCAUUUGCAAAGGCUUUGUUUACUCCGCUCUCUUGGCAUAGUAAGGCAACUUUUAUUAACGGGAGCUUAGCUACGUUAGCUACUAGCUCGGCUUACAAUAACACUCAGUUGCUGCAGCCAGCAGAGUUGACUCUGAAUUAACUUUGUCCAACCAGUAAUGUUCGCUAUGGUUUUAAAACUGGGACUGGUUCACUGCAACGCUCACUGAAAGAUUCUGGACAAUAGACUCCCAGCACCGUCUACCACUUUUUUCACCCCCAAGUAGCUGAAGUUGUAAAACUGCGGCCCGCACAAUGUCCGGCUCCCCGGGUACAGGUGGCUCAAACCCCAGGAAAUUCAGCGAAAAGAUUGCGCUGCACAACCAGAAGCAAGCAGAGGAGACGCGGGCCUUUGAACAGCUGAUGACAGACCUGACUGUUUCAAGGGUGCAGUUUCAGAAGGUCCAGCAGCUUCGUUUGACUCAAUCACGGGCGCAGUACUACGGCUCUCUGCCGAACGUCAAUCAGAUCGGCAACACCAGCACCGAAUUCCAAGGCGGCUUACCAUCCGGAUUGGACUCGGUGAGAGGGACCCGCCACCACGGGCUGGUGGAGAGGGUCCACCGCAACCGCAUCAAUUCCCCCCAUCGACGGCCCAUCGACAAGCACGGACGGCAGAUAGAGAGCUCUCCAUAUGGAGCCGUGUACCUGUCCCCACCUCUGGACAACAACUGGAGAAGGGAACAGCAGCCAUGGACUGAGGAAAAACGGCCUGGGUUUAGAUUAAUAUCACAACUCAACAGAACCAACUCGGACUCUGCUCUCCAUACAAGCGCUAUGAACCCAAACCCUCAGGACCCCUUUGGCAUGAACCAGCAGAUGGGUCGAGGUGCCCUCCAGCGCAAUGGCUGGAAUGCAGCGAGUGUAAAUGAAUCGGAGCUGGACGGCUCCGGAAAUGUCUUCUCCUUCCCCACCCUGACUAACGAGGAGAAUCUAAUAGGUGUCAAUAAGCCCCUUCCCAAGCAGCUGUGGGAGGCCAAGAAGGUCCAGUCUCUGGCAUCAAGGCCUAAAUCAUGUGAAGUGCCCGGAAUCAACAUAUUCCCCUCUCCGGAGCAGAACGCCGGCCUGUCCCACUACCAGGGCUUGUUAAAUAGCGGCGGCUCCCUGCCCGACCUCAGCAACCUGCACUUCACCUCACCGCUCUCCACCCCGCUGGACCCUGAGGACAAUGGAGGGUACCCCAAUCUCAGCGGGGGCAGCAGCACCGGAAACCUGCCGGCCGCCAUGAUGCACCUAGGCAUCGGCAACUCACAGGGGCUCUCCUCCUCUCUGAGCAAUCCCUCAAUUCAAGGGUCUCUCAACAACUGCCAGCUGCAGUCAUCACUCAGCAAUCCCUCCAUCAACUCAUCCCUGCGUCUGUCCAGCAACUCCCCCCGGCGACGGCCUGCUCCCAUUAGCCCCCUCACCCUGUCUCCUGGCACCGAGCAGCGCAGGGGUCUGGCCAAGCAGCUGUCUCCCACCAUGUCACCCUCGCUGUCCCCCAUCACACAGGGAGUUGCUUUGGAUACCAGUAACAUGCCAAGAGAGCCGCCCCCACCCUAUCCGCUCUACCAACAAUCCCAGCAUGCAGUGGACCAGGGCCGACAACGCCAACAGCAACACCAGCAACAGCACCAACAGCAACAACAACAACAACAACAACAACAGCAACAGCAGCAGCAGCAGCAGCCUGUUUCCCCCCUUCAGAGCAUCUCUCUGGACUUCAACACGAGCCAACACAACAACAUGGCAACACUCUUCAACGACCCUUUCAUGGAGCAACAGUUCUCCAAUCGCCAGACCAAGACCCACCAGUAUACGUUGGACCAGUUCACUCUGUUGGAAAACGCGAUGAGCUCCUCAGCAGGGGGUUCUUGCUUCGACCCUUCCUCCUCUUCCUCCUUGCUCUACUACUCCCAGGCUGCCCUCUCGGGGCUGGGUGGCAGCCAUGGCAGCCUGCAGGACCCAAUGCACAUGAGGUCCAACAUGCUGUACUCCAACUGCAGCGGAGGACUCCCCAACAUCAUACUCACCGAUGACUCCAGUCUGUCAAAGGACAUCAGCAGCGCACUCUCCACGGUGCCUGAAUGUUUUGACUCGGAGGGAGGCUUCCCGUUGGAGGACGAGCUGCGCAUCGAGCCCCUCAGCCUGGACGGUCUGAGCAUGCUCAGUGAUCCCGACAUGGUGCUGCCGGACCCUUCGGUGGAGGAUAGUUUCCGCAGUGACAGACUCUGAACAUAAAGUCACAGGUUCCAAGAAAGAUAACGCAAACGUGUAUAAAUCUGACUAUGCAUGCAAACGAUCUCUAUAGGGCCACUGUGCAUGCAUGCAUCCACUGCCACUAAGAUUCAUUAAAUGUGAAAGACACCAUGUACACAGUCAUGCACACACACUUUUUUUAAGGAGGAGAUUUGUGAACAAACACUGUUUACACCUGCCUCAUGCAAAGUUACCUUCGUACAUGCUCGAGCUCGUAUCUCGCAGACAUUGUUCGCAAAAUGCAGUUUUGGGUUCCGAAUCAGCCCUGGGAGCAGAAACCGGUCCAGCUCUGAGAGUCUGCGCCUCUUCCUCCCUCCCCCGAACCCCAAAAGACUCGGACGAACACGUGAGGCGAUCCCACUUCUUUCUCUCCUCGCCAGCUCACAGCCCCCCUGAAGCCAUGGCAACCUCAUCGCCAUGGUUACACACCAUAGCAACCCUAUUGCAAAGCUUGAGAGCAGCAGGAAUGUCAACACACACACACACACACACACGUUUACUUUUCUUACAGCCCCAGUAAACGAGGCAAAGGGAGCCCAGAGCUGUGGUGCAGUCACUGUUCACAGCUGGAGCAGUGAUGUGUGUCGGUGGUAAAACAUCUGGCAGCCCAGUUGUUUUCAGGUGAAGUAAAAAAACAGCCACGCCGUGGCUACUUCAGGCUCUUGAACAAUCAUGGUAGAAAUGAAGACUAGAGAGAUUAGAGCUUUUGUUUUAAACUGAUUUCUUUACAUAUGAUAUCGAUUAUUUUUGAGAUGUUUGCCACAGAUCUAUAUAUACAUAUAUGUGUUUUUAUAUAACACACACACACAUAUAUAUAUAUAUAUGCAUGCCUCAAUUUCAGUGAUUAAAUUGUAUUUUCAAACUCGAAACAAAAAGGGCAAAGUGUUUACAAAGAUGAGAUUUUAUUAAGUAAAUUAUACUUAAGAGUAUAGAUUUUUGAACUCUAAGAGAUAAAAUUCUAAGAUGUAUUGAAUAAAUGCUAUAUUUUUCCUUGCAAUUUGGUUGGAUAUUCCCCGUCUCCUCGGUCACAGAUGAUUUCUUCUGGCAGAACUUGGACAGCGUUAAGAUCCAUUAAAAAAAAAAAAAAAAAAAAAAGAAGGAACUUCAACAUGUUUUAUUUUUAUUUUAUAUAAAUACUUCUAUGUACAGUAAUUGCAUAUGUUUUAUUUUACCUUUUGUACUGACUUGUAAUGGCGCUUUAACUACUUUAAACCUUGUUGUGAAUAAG